AUGAGCGGUGAAUUGCUGGCCUGGCUGAGAACAGCAGGCGUCAAGGUCGAUGACCGACUCGCUCUCAGAUCAGACGAGACAGGUCUGACCGUCUUUGCAUCUCACGCCAUCGCUCUCCAUGACAUCCUCGUGACGAUCCCUAAAUCGUGCGUACUCUCUCGCCGUACUAGCUCUCUGUCCUCUACGCCGGUCAAGCUCGAGCAAAGCUCUGAAAGUCAUCAGGCAGCUGUCACCUUAGCCUUGCAUCUCCUCCACGAACAAUGCAUGGCAGAACAGUCACGCUUCCAUGGCUAUUUGCAAAGCAUGCCAAAAGAUGCCGUACCGCUGGCGACUUUUGAGCCAAAUGAAUGGUCGCAAGGAACAGAUGUUGAGCAUCAUCUGCACGAGCGCAGCCUAUCGCUCGAACAGCUCGAUACACUCUUUCGAGACCAGAUCCUGCCCAUCCUCCGAGACGCGUCCCUGACGAUUCGGCCAACCUGCAAGCUCUUCAGGCGUGCCUACAGUCUCGUCGCUUCGCGUGCUUUCCACAUUGAUCAGUACCACGGUCUCGCAAUGGUGCCCAUGGCAGACGUCUUCAACCACAGCGCAGAAUCGCAAGUCGUCAUGCAAAGCGAUCACAUCGUUUGUCUCCAAUGCGGCGCUCUGUUCGAAUGCGAGCAUGACGAGCUGCCUACUGACCCGGACGUGAUCUCGCAAGAUCAUGCGACCGACACGGUGGAUAUGAUUGCAACGUCACCUAUUGCAGCGGGUCAAGAGAUCUUCAAUUCGUAUGCACCCCGAUUGAGCAAUGCCCAGCUUUACGUCGGCUAUGGCUUCACGCUGGAUAUAAACCCUCACGAUCGUGUGACAUGGCCAACGCCGCGAAACCUACUUCCCGAUGAGGCCUCGUCAAGCCGAGCUUUGGCGCUCUGGCGAUCAGUACAGACGGCAGAGAUCCAGUCCGCCGUUGCUGGACUGGAUCUCGUACAUGACGAAGACACGAGUGCGCUCUUUCUCGAUAGCGAUGCGCGAAUGUCAGCCAGUCUCUGGCUGCUCCUGGCCUGUCACGCACAGACGGCUGAUCAGACGAGCUCCCAAGAUCUUUCACUCCUGAGUCGUGAGCCAGGGCGCCUGGCUUCGAUCUGUGACAAGGUCUACCAGGCGCGCUUGGCCAGUAUGCACAACGGCGGACUGUCUGUUGAGCAGCUGCUAGCCUUGCCAGAGGCCCAGAUCACCCAUCACGCAUUCCAGAUUGCGCUCAACGAGCGACUGCUCUUGCAAGCGUGGCACGCCGAAUGGGGCACACAGAGACAUACAGACGGAUGCACUGAGUAA